AUGAAGAUCCUUUUUGCCCCAAUGCGGCUUUUCAAGGUGAGCCAAGUGCUUCUUCUCCUCCUAGCAGCAAAAUGCAGUUGCGCUUCCGAGCGCUUUUCCAGUCUACGAAGAGCGCUUUUGGAAACUCUUCCUACCGAAGUUGUUGAGACGGGUGGAAAGUACCUGGUUCGAGCCCGGUUGGAGGAGUUGCGACGUGCGAUCCCCCCCAAUACCCACAGGAAACUGGAAGCAGCUGAUGGCAUGUCCGCGAACAUCGCAGCUCAAUUGCAUGAUGAAAUGGCCACAGGAAUGGAUCACUUGCUGAACCUCACGGCCAAAGCCGCUGAAGUGGGAGUCUAUCAAAGCAAUGGAGACGCACCAAAUGGCGAGUUUCUGCGUAUUCUGGAUGCGGCUGCAACCUCGAUCAACUACCAUGAAAGCGAGCUUGUAAAACGUCUUGGCCACAUGAAAGCUGCGGAAACAGAUUCGAAAGAUAUCGAGAAGAUCUCAAAGCUCGAAGAAGACCUUGAAGGACUCUUUGAUCUUCUGAUGAAGACCUUAACAAAUGUGAGAAAGGUAGAAUUGGUUGUGUUGGCAGGCAAAAGCGAUGGCAAAGAGAUUGGUAUAUUAAGCAAGACCAUUGAGGAAACCUACAUGCAAGUAUUAAAAGUGCUUGAUGAACUAAAGGGUGCGGAUGAUGAGCUACUUGGUCUUCCCGCAGCUGAUGUGGUGAAUGUCUCGACGCGAGGACUGCUGGAGAAGGAGAGUAUUGUCAACAAUGGCCAAGGUGGCCGUUGUGCAAGAAAGGUCUGGAAUGCAACGCAUAUGAGGUUUGUGUCAUACCAGAAUGUGGUGUAG